GUACACAAAGAUCGGAUAUGCAGGAAACACGGAGCCACAGUUCAUCAUGCCGUCUUGCAUCGCCAUCAAGGAGUCGGCCAGUGUCGGUGAUCAGGCCCAAAGGAGACUCGUACGAGGAGUCGACGACCUGGACUUCUACAUUGGAGAUGAAGCUUUAGAUAAACCCAACUAUGCAACCAAGUGGCCUAUCCGCCAUGGGAUGGUGGAGGACUGGGAUCUGAUGGAAAAAUUCAUGGAACAGGUCAUUUUCAAGUACCUGCGGGCUGAACCUGAGGACCACAGCUUCCUCAUGACAGAACCUCCUCUCAACACACCAGAGAACAGAGAAUACCUGGCUGAGAUCAUGUUUGAGACUUUCAACAUACCUGGACUUUACAUUGCAGUCCAGGCGGUGCUGGCCUUAGCAGCGUCYUGGACGUCCAGGCAGGUGGGUCAGAGGACUCUGACAGGGAUCGUUAUCGACAGUGGAGACGGAGUGACUCACGCCAUCCCUGUGGCUGAGGGCUAUGUGAUUGGCAGCUGUAUAAAACACAUCCCUAUAGCAGGGCGAGACAUCACCUUCUUCAUCCAGCAGCUGCUUAGAGACAGAGAGGUUGGGAUUCCUCCGGAGCAGUCACUGGAGACUGCCAAAGCCGUCAAGGAACGGUACUGUUACAUCUGUCCUGACAUUGUGAAGGAGUUCACCAAGUACGAUUCGGAUCCAGGGAAGUGGAUCAAACAGUACAGAGGAAUCAAUGCUGUCAAUAAGACUGCCUUUCACAUCGAAGUGGGCUAUGAACGCUUCCUGGGACCUGAAAUCUUCUUCCACCCUGAGUUUGCUAACCCAGACUUCAUGCAGCCAAUCUCUGAUGUCAUUGAUGAGGUCAUCCAGAGCUGUCCAAUCGACGUGAGAAGGCCUCUCUACAAGAACAUCGUCCUCUCUGGAGGUUCUACCAUGUUCAGGGACUUCGGGCGGCGGCUGCAGAGAGACCUAAAGAGAGUGGUGGACGCCCGGCUGAGGCUGAGUGAAGAGCUGAGUGGAGGACGGAUAAAGCCGAAGCCGCUCGAGGUUCAGGUGGUCACGCAUCACAUGCAGCGUUAUGCAGUCUGGUUUGGAGGCUCCAUGCUGGCGUCCACGCCGGAGUUUUUCCAGGUGUGUCACUCGAAGAAGGACUACGAUGAGAUCGGUCCAAACAUCUGCCGACACAACCCGGUGUUCGGCAUCAUGUCCUGAUGGAGCCGUUAGCUCUUUAGCCCAUUAGCCUGCUGUKUGUUACUCACCAGCCACUUAGCUGUUAGCCUGUUAGCUUUUUGUUCCUGCCUGGUUUAUACCUGUUAAGCUACGAGUCUGUUAGCAUGUUAGCACAACGUUUGCUAGGAGACAUUAAAAGUUAUUUUAAUAAGAAAAAAUAUUUUCUUUAUUAAAAUCAAAGCCAGCAGCUGAGCAGAAUGUAGCUGCUAGCUGUUAGCCUCCUCAUUUCUUAUGUAGCACUUCCUGUUUGCUGGUUUGUUCAGCUGAUCCGUCAGGUGUGUCCACAUGGUCACCUGACCCACUGAAGUUCAGCAGGUGGAACCAGAACCAUGUUCUGUUGUCCUGCUGAGAGUCUGUUAAUCAGAGAGGAGAUGUUGGCUCCUUCUGUAGCUCCACAGAGGAGAACCCUGACCUCCUGAUGAAGAGGAGGAGGAGGAGGAGGAGGAUCACCGCCUGCUGGACUGAAACAAACACACGGUCACAUGUUUGACUUUCAGGAAGUUUAAGGGAAAAUUCAGGUUUAUUUCCUGCAGCUGCUGUAAGUUUUGUUGUUUGUGUUUAUUGUUGUUUGUUGUUGUUUUUGUGUUGAUCUCCUGGAGCGCUCAGACUGUUUAUAUUUGUAAAGAAAUGAAAGAUUCAUUCUAGAAUAAUAAAUAAAGACACACUUGUGUGUUUAUUGUAAA